UUAUAUUAAAAGAAUGAAUUCAGUUUGCAGAGAACAUUAGUGUUAAAUUGAAUCCAUAAACGAAAAAGGAAAGCCAAUGUGUAGAAUGUGCUAUUAAUAACUCAAUGAAGUUGUAUUAGAAUAUUAAGGCAAAAAAAAAUCUCUACUUAAAAAAAAUUAGGAAGAAACUUUAGAAAAAUUGAGGUAAGCCAAGAAAAAAAUGAUGGAAGCUUAAGAAAUUCUGCAUAUUAGUCUGACUUCCCAUGUUGAAACUAUGACAAAAAAACGAGAAGCACUGUUGGGUUAAUUUGCUGAAUAAGAAAGAAAAGUAGAGGAUUAUUUAGAUCAAGAAUAAGAUUUCGUUAAUUUCAAAUAGAACGGUAAUAAUAUUACAGGGGAUGAUACUAUAAUAAAAUUAAUCUAAGAAGAAAAAAAAAAUAUUUCUGAAUUAGAAAAAGGGUUUUAUGCUUUACUUUUAAAAGCUCUAAAUGAUUACUAGUUUAGUACAGGAGUAUAACACCAAAAUCAACAGUAAAAUUAACAAUUAGUACAAUUGCAGGAAAUAAAGUAGAUAACAGAAAAAAUUUAAUAUCAAUAAUAUGGAUCAAUUUCUGGUAAAUCUAAUGUUGAUUAUAUUGCGUUUAAUAAAGAUAAUAACAUUAUAGCCUAUUCAGAGAGUUUUGAAAUCCAUUUCAUCAAAAUUUAAGAUAACACUCUAUAGACAAUAAAAUUUACUAUAGAAGAUGAUGAUAUGUAAUUAAUUAAUUGUGUGAAAUUUGCUAGGUAAAGCAAUGAUAUAUAUUAUGGUUCUGAUAAUGGGUAAUUAAAUAUUUGGAUUUAAAAUGAUGAAAAAUGGAAAAAAUAAAAAUAGAUUAAAACCCAUAAUGGAAAGGGAAUCCUUGAUUUGAAGCUUAAUGAUGAUGAUUCUUAAUUAUUCUGCUCUGGAGAGGACAAAACUGUUGAAAUUUACAUAAAAAAAUAGAACUAUGAUUUGGUAAAAGUGUAGACUAUAGAACAUAAAGAAUUUACUUAGUUGAGUUCAAUAGUAUUCAAUCCAAUAUCCAAUGAACUAGUCUCUUGCUCUUAUUCAAAAUUAUAGAUAUGGAGUAUUAGCGAUGACUAUUAGUUUCAUUCUAAAUAAAUAAUUGAAGGAUUAGAACCAAGUAAAAGCAAUAAAGUUUACAUAAUCAAUCGUGAAAUUUUCUUUGUGGCUUCUUAAAGCUAAAUUUACUUUUAUAAAAAAAAUGAUGAAGAAAAAUACUUUAAAGUAGAAACAAGUACCAUACUUGGAAAUUAGAAAUAUCAAUUACCAUUUUGUUAUGAUUCAGAUAGAUAGAUACUGCUGAUUUAAAAGAAGGAAGGUUAAGAAGUUGAUGUUUUGAGAUUCAAUUUAAAUGAAAAUAAGUUUGUUCAUCAAAUGUCUAUUACUGGGGUAUACAAUUAAUUAGGAAUCGCAAAAUCUGGCGAAUAUAUAAUGUUAUAUAAUAAGGCUGAUGUUAAUUUAAUAACAGUUAUGAAAUAAGAAUGAAU